ACAGGUCCUCUGGUUGAAUAUUUCUCUUGUGGGUUUCCAGCAGAGUGACAGUAUGGCUGAAAUGUCUGUGUCUGAGCUGAGGGUUGUUCUGCUGGGGAACAGCUGGUCUCAGAGGAGUUCAGUGGGGAACUUCAUACUGGAAGAGAAGACGAAGAACAAGAAGAAGAACAAGAAGAAGAACAAGAAGAAGAAGUUCAACACUGAGGAAGAACCAGACUGCUGUCUGACAGAAAGAGGACAGAUAAAGGACAAAGAAAUAGUUCUGAUCAACACUCCAGAUCUGCUGCAUCUCAACAUCUCUGAAGACAAACUGUCAGAACAUGUAGAAAAGUGUGUGAGACUCUCUGAUCCUGGACCUCAUGUGUUCCUGCUGGUUCUACAGCCUGAAGACUUCACUGAGGAACACAAACUGAGACUCUGCAGAGUCCUGAAACUCUUCAGUGAUCAAUCAUUUGAUCAUUCAUUGAUACUGAUAUCAACACCAAGAGAGGAGAGUUCAGGUUUCAAAGAUGAACCAGACCAGCCCUUAAAAGACAUGAUCAGAAUGUGUAGAUACAGAUACCUGAAGCAGAAGAACCUUGAACGUCCAGAGCUGUUAACACGAUUGGGUCAAACUGCAAAGGAGAACAAUGGAGAGCAUGUGAGCUGUGAUGUGUUUAAGGAUGCAGCAUCUGUUUUACCAGCUGAUCAUCAAAGCCUGAAACAAAAAGAGAAACAGACUUCUAUCACAGGUGCUGUUAUAGCUGCUGGACUGCAUUUAGUGACAGAAAUCAGUCCACAACUCUCACUCACAGAGGAAACCCCUGGGACUCACAACGAUCCACAUCCUCGGAAGCGCAGUAGCAGCUAUGAGUUGCUGCCACCUGAUGAUGAUCUGCAUCCUCUGAAGCGCAGAAGAAGCUAUGAUUAUGUGCAACCUGACAAUGAUCUUCAUCCUCUGAAGCGCAGCAGCAGCUUUGAGUUGCUGCCACCUCUCAUGUCUGAGCUGAGGGUUGUUCUGCUGGGGAACAGCUGGUCUCAGAGGAGUUCAGUGGGGAACUUCAUACUGGGAGAGACUGUGUUCAACACUGAGGAAGAACCAGACUGCUGUCUGACAGAAAGAGGACAGUUGAAAGACAAAGAAAUAGUUCUGAUCAACACUCCAGAUCUGCUGCAUCUCAACAUCUCUGAAGACAAACUGUCAGAACAUGUAGAAAACUGUGUGAGACUCUCUGAUCCUGGACCUCAUGUGUUCCUGCUGGUUCUACAGCCUGAAGACUUCACUGAGGAACAGACCAUCAGGAACACAUUCAGCUCUGGAGUCAAUGACUUCACCUUGAUCCUGUUCACUGUGGAGUCAGAUCCUACAACUCCAGAUGUUGUCAACUUUAUAAAGAAGAACAGAGACAUCCAGGAGCUCUGUCAGAGCUGUGGAGGAAGAUAUGUUGUUCUCAACAUCAAGGACCAGCAGCAGAUCCCAGAGCUGUUGGAUGCUGUGGAAAAGAUGAGAGAUGAAGGAUCCAGAUGCUUCAUAAAGGACACGUUCACCAAGGCUCAGAUGGAGAAUGUUUCAAGACUUAAAGCUGAACUGCAGGAUCUCAAACAGAAAAAGGAGAUGGGAACUGAUGACAUCAGUCAGAGCAGAGAGUGUCUCAGGAUGGUGCUGAUUGGGAAGACUGGCAGUGGGAAGAGUGCAACUGGAAACACCAUUUUGGGCAAAAAACAUUUUAAAUCUAAAGCCUGGUCAAAGUCUGUCACUAAGGUUUGUGAGAAAGCAACAGGAGAGAUUGAUGGACGACCUGUCGCUGUGGUCGACACCCCCGGCCUGUUUGACACGACUCUGUCCAAUGACGAUGUUCAACAGGAGCUUGUAAAAUGCAUCAGCAUGUUGUCUCCUGGACCUCACGUGUUCUUACUGGUGCUGCAGAUCGGCCGCUUUACACAAGAGGAGAAAGAUACUGUGGAACUGAUCAAGAAAUAUUUUGGCAAGAAUUCACAAGAAUUCAUCAUCAUUAUCUUCACCAGAGGAGACGAACUCAGUGAGUCAGCUGAGAGUUACAUUGAAGACUGUGAUGACUUUUUGAAAAAACUGAUAAAUGACUGUGGAGGAAGAUACCAGGUCUUCAAUAACAAAGAUCAGACAGACCGCACACAAGUCAGAGAGCUGAUAGAGAAGUCCAACAGAAUGCUGAUGGAAAAUGGCUGCAACUGCUACACCUCAGAGAUGUUCCAAGAGGCAGAAGAAGCCAUACAGAAGGAAGUGAAGAGAAUCCUGAAGGAGAAGGAAGAAGAGAUGCAGAGACAGAGGGAGGAGCUUCAGAGAAAACAUGAGGAGGAAAUGGAGGCAGUGAAGAAAAGAAUGGAACAACAGAAAGCUGACACUGAACAGGAGAGACAACUGAGAGAUGAACAACUUAAAGAAAUGAAGGAAAACAUCAACAAGGAGCGUGAGGAGAGAAAGAAAGAACAGGAAAUUAGAGACAAAGAGGAAAGGAAGAGGAAGGCGCAGGAAGACAUUCAACGACAGGAGUGGGAACAAAAACUUGACCGAGAGAUGGAGCAAAGUAAAGAAGAGAUGAAAAUGCAAAAAGAGAACUGGGAGAAGCAAAGACAAGAAUGGUGGGACAAACGACAUGAAGAAAAUGAACAGAGACGACAAGAGGAGCAAACAAGACUUAAAAGACUCCAAGAAGAAUACGAGCAGGAAAGAGAAAAUUAUGAAAAGAAAAGAAAAGAAGAAGAUCGAAUCAGAAGAGAACAAGAGGAGAAGGAGAGAAAAGAAUUAGAGGAAAACUAUAAGAAAAAACUGGAGGAAAUGAAGAGGAAGUAUGAAGAUGAGGCCAGAAAACAAGCUGAAGAGUUCAAUGAGUUCAGACAGAAAUACACCAAGGACUUUACAGCGCUGGUAGAGAAGCACAUGGAGGAAAUACAGGAACUGAAGAAAAGGCAUGAGCGACAGAUGCAGGAGAAUGAAGAGAGCCAUGACAAAGAGUACAGUCUGUUACAAAACCUCUCAAGUCACAAAGAAAAAUCUCUGAAAGAAGAGACAGAGACCUUGAAGACAAAACAUGAGCAAGAAAUAUACAAACUAAAACAGAAAUACGAAAAGAAAUGUAUCAUCUUCUGAUCCUCCAACUGACUCUCCAUCAUCAUGAUGUCAGCAGAUCAUGGAGCAUCAUUUGAACAUCAUUCAACAGCAGGUUUCUGGGCUGUUAAAGAUGUUGCUGUGAGACAGUUAGGCCCUAUGUCCACAUAGCGCCUUUUCUGGCAGAAAGGCGCUGGAAGGGCGCUGCGGCGCGCUGGGAUGAAGCGUCUGUGCGCCCCCAAAAAAAACGCUCACGAGGGUUUUCGUUUCUAUGACAACAAUAUCUUGACAAUUCCUGUAGCCGCGCAGUUUUGCAGCAUCGCAAAGCAGCAAACUCCUCUGGUAAUUUCAUUAAAAGGCAUGACAUAUAGGUCCACAGUAGCUUAUUAUUAUUAUUAUUGGGUCUUAAAAGAGUGGGCUACAAUGAGUACCGGGCCAUCAAAUCACAGCAUCCGCGGUGAGAGGGCACGGAAUUGUGUGCGCUUUUACGCAAGCGAGUGUAGGUGAUCAUGGAUCUUUGAUGUGGGAAAGAUGUAGCCAGAUGUAUUACCUGUUUUAGAUACGUGGUUGUCUGUCCGUCCGUCUGUCCGUAGCACGAGUCAUGUGCACCACUUCACCACCGACCCGUGUGUAAAAGCGCAAACAGUCCCUCAGCCCUGCAGGCAGGGAGAGAGCAGCUCGCGAGGGCUGCUCUCUUUUAAUGCUACAGCUGGUGAAAUCAUCAUCAUGUUUUAUUAGUAGGAUUUGUGUUAAUGUACUUAGUAACUUUACCACCACUGUAUGGGUUAGGGUUGAUUACAUGUGUGUUGCUGUAAAAUAUCUCAAUUUAUAUAUUGCUGGAAAACUUUAAUUUAAUUUAACUA